GCCAACUCAGUGAGCUACCACCUGAUUGGUCCGAAGACGCAAAUACGCCGAGAUCUACAGCUGGCUAGCUAUUCUAGAACCUUUCCAACGAGCUAGCCAACGUAGCUAGCGAGGGAACAUAACCGACCGAAAGGUUUCUUUCGAGUUAACCAUGGCGGCAAGUGACGCCGAAUCGAUUGACCUUCCCAUGGCUAACUCAUCUGAUUCACACAAGAAGAAACACGGUAUGGAGUCUAAAUCCCCGAGAAGCUCUAAACAUCAUCAUUCACGAUCGAGGUCACGCUCUAAGGACCGUAAACGGAAAUCAAGCGACAAAAAGCACAAACGAAGUCGAAGCAGGAGCAAAGAGGCACGUAAAAGGGACUCUGAGAAGCAGUCAAAAUCCUACAGCAGGCUGGAGGAGGAGCAGAGUGAGAGGGGGAAGGAGAGACUCGCAGCGGAGAACGGGGAGGAGCGACACCGCCGAAAAGACAAGAAGACCUCCAGGGGGCGGAGCCUCUCCAGGUCGCCCUCACGAGACAAGCGUCAUCGUAGCAGGAGUCGGGAGAAACGCAGGUCUCGGUCUCGUAGCCGGGAGAAGAAGAGGAAGGCAAGGUCUCGCUCGGGAUCAAGGACCAAACACCGGCACCGCAGCAAGAGCCGCAGCAAAAGCAGGGAGCGGAAGAAGAAGGCUGAGAAGGUGCGCAGGAAGAGUCGCAGUAGGUCUGGGAGCCCCCCAGCUUUCAGAGGUAGAAACACAGCCAUGGACGCUCAGGAGGCCUUGGCCCGAAGGUACCGCAACUUAGAGGAACUGUUAGAAAGAGCUAAGAAACUUCAGGAGCAGAAAGAGAAGGAGAUGUUGGAGAAACAACAACAAGAAGUAGUUACAGCGCCCCCUCUGAUGUGUGACACUGUUGCUGCUGCAGCGGCGGCUGCCGCCGCCGCUGCUGCUGCCGCCGCCAACCCCGUCCUCAACGUGGCAGCUCUCCUGGCGUCUGGAACCCAGGUCACUCCCCAGAUCGCCAUGGCAGCUCAGAUGGCGGCCCUGCAAGCCAAAACGUUAGCGGAGACUGGGAUUGCUGUGCCCAGUUACUACAACCCGUCUGCUGUGAACCCCAUGAAGUUUGCAGAACAGGAGAAGAAGAGGAAGAAACUGUGGCAGGGCAAGAGUCAGGGCGUGAGGGACAAGUCCCAGACUGCAGAGUUGUGGGAAAAGCUCAACUUUGGCAACAAAGACCAAAAUGUUAAAUUUCGCAAACUGAUGGGCAUCAAAGGAGAGGAGGAGGGGGAGGCGUCUAAACCACUCAACGACGAAGGCUUGAAGACUCUGCAACAACAGGAAGAAAUGUUCCGGAACCUGGACGUCCAGUACGAGAUGGCCAGAUCCCAGACCCACACUCAGAGAGGGAUGGGGCUGGGCUUCUCAUCUUCCUUCUCCCGAGGGAUGGACACCAUUUAACCACAGCGCACAUCUCGGUUCCUCUCUUUUUACUACCCAUUAGGUUUAUACACUCACACCUAGCACUCAAGUUUGCAUGGAUGUUACAUCGGCCCUGUAAUUUAUUUAGUCAUCACAUUUGGAAACAUUCUCAUGCUAAAUGUCAAGUCCGUUGCUGGGUUUGUAUAAAUGAGGAAUCUGUACAUCUCUCCAAUUAUGCAAUAGAUUAAUAAUGCUGAUGUUUGGAUCUGCAAAAGAACUGUAAUUGCAUAUUAAGUUUUUUCUUUUUUACUAAAAUGUAUAUAUUUGUGAUGGUUUGCAAUGGAACAUGAUGUAGAUCAAGUGUAAUAAUCGUUUACGUUCAUAUGCCAAGAUUAAUGACACAUUUCUGAUAUCAACAAAGAAACAUCAUUGUGUUUCAGUUUAUACUUAAAGGUGCAAUAAGUAACAUUAUCAAAUACAUUUAGAUAUGAGAAUUAGUGCCCCCAAUUCUUGUCUGAACUUACUGCUUUCCUACAGCUUAAGUUUGGCAGUGGUUUCUAAGCCAAGGAGGAAUGCUAUUAGCUGGAACAGGAGUGCUGGAACAUAAUUGGCUGGAAAGUAGAGGAUUGCUUCAACGUUUGAAAUUGACAUUCCACUGGCACUGAACUGCUAUUCAACUUCACAACAUGUAUAUAGGGGGGGAAACCUGUUUUGUUUUUUACUGAAAAUCUUACAUAUUGUACCUUUAAUUGCUUAAUCUUCUGAAUGGUAAUAUGAUGUAUUGGGAUUGUUUCACAACAUUGUCCAAAUUACCAAUAAAGUUCUAGGUUUGUGGAAGAAAUAA